AUGUAUUUCAAGAUAUCUAAAACUUUAUUUCUCCUAGUCAGAAUUCUAUUUAAGAUAAGUAUAAGUGGCCGUUUUGACAUGACAUAGCUAGACUCGAUAUAUAUUGCAGAAAUCCGUAAUUCAAUUCUUCCUAUUCAAAAAGAGCAUUUCAGAUAUCUACAAUGACAUUCUUCCUAUUCACAAUCGUCAUUUCAGAUAUCCACAAUGUCAUUCUUCCUAGGGCAAAUUACGUCACUUUUGCCAUUCAUGUGUAUUGGGUUUUCAAUUACAGAUAUCGAGAAUGUUCAUCGGCUUCUACAAGGUGCUUUCCAAACAAGCUUUUCGAUUGGUGUACUCUCCAGAUUCAGAAAGGAGUCAGUAGAUGUCAUGGCCGAUGUCGAAGCAAUUUUUCAUCAGACGACCGUCUAAAAUCCGUUGAGGAUGAACAAGAGGCAACAUCUUUGCAUCAGGACUUAAUGGCAAUAUGUGCAAAGGGAGGAUUCAGACUCAAUAAGUGCGUAACUAACAGUUGUAUGGUUCUUUCAAUCAUUUCUAAAGCUGAUAAAGCUACAGGUAUUAGGAAUCUGGACUUAGAAAGGGAUGCGCGUCCAAUGGAAAGGGCCUUCCAAUGGAAAGAGAUUUUACCUGCUAAACUUAUUUUACAAAAUUUGUGCAGACUGAAACUAGGAUGGGACAACAAAUUGCCAGAACCAUUUGUUUCACAGUGGAAUCAGUGGUUGAGAGAACUUGGUCAGCUUGCAGACUUUAGAAUGAAUCGAUGCAUUAAGCCUGUGUGGUUCAGUGAACAGACCUUUGCACAGCUGCACCAUUUUUCAGAUUCUAGUGAAGAGGGCUAUGGGAUAGCAAGCUAUCUUUUGCUGCAGAAUCAAUCCGCUUGGAUUCUUAGGGUGAAAGAUAAGUUUAUAAAGAUCUGUAGGGCACAAAAUAAGGCUGCAGGUCAGUGCACACUUGAAAAUUUUGAUCAAGUUCUCACUUUAAAAGAGCUAAAUAAAACAGUGACGGUAAUGGUCUCAUACUGUCAAAGGGAAAGAUUCUCUAAUGAGAUGGCUGCUCUCAAAGGACAAUGCGUAAAACGGAGUUCACACCUUUACAAAGUCAGUCCUGUGUUGGAUGAAGGCAUCUUGAGAGUAGGUAGCAGACUUUGUCAUGCUGUUAUGCCAGAAGAAAGUAAACAACCUAUCAUCCAAAGGAGCACCAUGUCACCAAUUUGAUUCUUCAGCAUGUCCACGAAGAGGUUGGACAUAGUGAUGUGAACCAUAUGCUUUCAAGGGUCAGACAGAAAUGCUGGAUACCUUGUGUUAAUACAGCUAUUCGAAGGAUUCUGUCAAGAUGUGUUGCCUGCAGUAGGUUGCAUAGCUCUGCAGAUAGCCAGCAGAUGGCGGAUCUACCUAUAGCAGAAGUCUUGCCUGAUGGGCCCCCAUUCUCCAGAGUGGGAGUCGAUUAUUUUGGACCUUUUCAGAUAUCUGGAAUGUGUUUUUCCUUUUGGAUGUCUGAAAUUAAAAUUAUGACUACUGCCAAUUGGAUUUUAGGUAACUGAAAUGGGAGUUUUUCCUAGUAAAAUUUAAUUGCAAAUGUCCAGAAUGAACAUUCUGGAUAUCUGAAACAUAAUUGUGGAUAUCUGAAACUGAAAGGCCAAUAGACAUGAAUUGCAAAACUGACGUAAUUUCUCCUAGCAAAAAUGAUGUUGUGGAUAUCUGAAAUGACAAUAGUGUAUGGGAAGAAUGACAUUGUGGAUAUCUGAAAUGCUCUUUUUGACUAGGAAGAAUUAAAUUACGGAUAUCUGUAAUACAUAUAUCCAGUCUAGUGAUUAAAUGUUAAAACUGCCACUUAUACUUUGUAAAGAUUUAAAGAUAUCUUAAAUGGAAUUGUGACUAGGAGAAAUAAAGUUUUAGAUAUUUUGAAAUACAUUUUCUACUAGGAAAAAUGUGAUUGUGGAUGUCUGUAAUUGCCAUUCUGACUAGUAAGAAUACAAUUUUGACUGGGAGAAAAGCUAUUGUGAAUAUAUAAAAUGUAAUUACGCAUAGGAGUGUGACUUGAUUAAAUUUAAAAACGGUU